GCCAAGUCCUUCGCGGCUGCGCGUCCCCCUCCCAGUCCGAGGUUCUGUCCGCCCCUCCCGCGGUCCUAAAGAACGCCAUUUUGCAGGCCUUUGUCCUGUUCUGGAUCCUCUGUCCAUUCAUUUCUUCAUUCUUUCCUUCUUCAUUCAUUCUGUCCUGUUCCGCUCGCCGAAGCCACGUUAUCCUAGGGUUUAGUCCCAAAUUAGUCAGCAUACAGCCCCGCUCUGCGGGAGCUGCCUGUCUGGCGAGGACACCCGCACAAACACGGUUGCAGAGAGCGAGGAACGCUGGGUUUCUGCAGGUCUUGUCCCUCCUCAGAGAGUCUGGUAGGCCCUACACCCUGCAAAAUCCCAUAUGCUUCAGGGACCCUAUUCCACUGAAGAAAUUGAGGCCCCUAGCUCUACGCAUCCCUCAUUUUUACUGCUCGUUAAAUAUUCUUGUGGGGAAUGGAGUAUUGGAAGCAUGCAAGUAUCCUCCCGUGGGAGAAGGAAAACGAGGGUUGGCUCCUGGGCAAAGGAAAUUGCAUAUGGAGGUGGCAAAGUUUGUGAAUUGUUGAUGGAACUUAGACUCCUGACCAGAGAGGACACUGCCGUAGAAACUGAGGGUGGAAAAAUGGGAUCAUGUUGUGAGCUGACUGGUUGUUAGGCCUAGGACAUCAUUAAACGUUCACCACAACACAAUUUCAUCAAUUCACGGAAAGGCUCAAGGUUUGUGAGGCUUGUAUGUUGGCUUAUUUGAAGCUUGUAUGUAGGUGCCUUUCUUAUUGUUUUAACCACACCUGUGCUGCUCCCUGAACCACCCCGAUUUAGGGGGCACCAAGUCUCAUUAACUUAAAGAAAGAUGUCAUUCUCCUCAUUGGGUUUUAUCACACAGUAAACAAAUUGGAGUACUAGUGUGAUACUUGAACCCUGUGACCGUGUAAGAACGGGGCAUUUCAGUUAAAUAGUUGGUGACUGACUUUCACAGACUCCUAUGGUGGAAGAGGCAGAGGCUAUAGACCUCGGCGUGAAUUCCACCAGUUUGCUUUCGGUCACCAAACAGUUUUGGAAUAACAAGGGUAUAGAACAAAGUUCUCAGGACCCUAGUGCUGGAGGUGAAAAAUUAAGGCCCAAAUAUUAAAAUGUGCUAGUGCUAAUAAAGCAGUCGUCAAGGGGACAGAUGGCAGAAACUUUGGUAUCUGACUACUUGGCUUCAAAUACCAGCUGAGAGAAGGUCUACUCACCGAGGCCAUGGAAGUGGAGGCUGCAGAGGCCAAGUCCCCAGGCCCCUGCUACAAGCGCUCUGGCCGCCGUUAUAAGUGCCUGUUUUGUACAAAGACAUUUCCAAAUGCUCCCAGGGCAGCCCGCCACGCUGCUACACAUACAACUACAGACUGCACAGAGGAGGUGAAUGAGGUCCAGCCGAAGGUGGAUGCAGAGCCCAAGGCUGAGGAAGCCAGUGGAGACAAGGUAUCUGCGUCAGUAGCCAAGCCCCGGCCCUAUGCUUGCCCUCUGUGCCCCAAGGCCUACAAGACAGCUCCUGAGCUACGCAGCCAUGGACGCAGCCACACUGGUGAGAAGCCCUUCCCGUGCCCAGAGUGCGGCCGCCGUUUCAUGCAGCCCGUGUGCCUGCGUGUGCACCUGGCCUCACACGCUGGUGAGCUGCCUUUCCGAUGCACACACUGCCCCAAGGCUUAUGGUACACUCUCUAAACUAAAGAUCCACCAGCGUGGGCACACAGGCGAGCGGCCCUAUGCCUGUACUGACUGCGGCAAGAGCUUUGCUGAUCCUUCAGUGUUCCGCAAGCAUCGGCGCACGCAUGCAGGCCUGCGCCCCUACAGCUGCGAGCGCUGCGGCAAGGCCUAUGCUGAGCUGAAGGACUUACGCAACCACGAAAGGUCCCACACGGGUGAGCGCCCCUUCCUCUGCUCAGAGUGUGGUAAAAGCUUCUCUCGAUCCUCUUCCCUCACAUGCCAUCAGCGUAUCCAUGCAGCCCAGAAACCCUAUCGCUGCCCGGCUUGUGGUAAGGGCUUCACACAGCUCAGCUCUUACCAAAGCCAUGAGCGCACGCAUUCAGGCGAAAAGCCCUUCCUGUGCCCUCGGUGUGGCCGCAUGUUCUCUGAUCCCUCGAGCUUCCGCCGCCACCAGCGGGCACAUGAGGGUGUAAAGCCUUACCGCUGCGAGAAAUGUGGCAAGGACUUCCGGCAGCCAGCUGACCUGGCCAUGCACCGUCGAGUACACACCGGCGACCGACCCUUCAAGUGCCUGCAGUGUGACAAGACUUUUGUGGCUUCCUGGGACCUCAAGCGGCAUGCAUUGGUACACUCAGGACAGCGGCCGUUCCGCUGUGAGGAGUGUGGGCGAGCAUUUGCUGAGCGAGCUAGCCUCACAAAGCACAGCCGCAUGCACUCUGGCGAGCGUCCUUUCCACUGUAAUGCCUGCGGGAAAUCCUUUGUGGUGUUAUCCAGCCUCAGGAAGCAUGAGCGCACCCAUAGAAGCAACGAGACUACGGGAGCUGCCCCCCAGCAGGAGUUGGUACUGGGACUAGCACUGCCUGUAGGCGUCGUAGGUGAGGGCUCAGCUGCCCCUGUGGCAGGUGCAGGGAUAGGGGAUGCUCCAGCAGGGCUGCUAGGGUUACCGCCUGAGUCUGGUAGUGUAGUGGCCACACAGUGGCAAGUGGUGGGCAUGACUGUAGAGCAUGUGGAGUGCCAGGAUGCUGGUGUUGGUGAAGCUCCUAGUACCCUGGGAGAUGCAGGAGAGGUGGGUGGGGAGGAGACUGAUGAGAAGCCCCCACAGUUUGUGUGUCGCGAAUGCAAAGAAACUUUCUCCACACUGACAUUGCUACGCAGGCAUGAACGCUCACACCCAGAGCUCCGGCCCUUUCCCUGCACCCAGUGUGGUAAGAGCUUCUCAGACAGGGCUGGGCUUCGUAAGCAUAGCCGCACCCACAGCUCUGUACGCCCCUACUCCUGUUCCCAAUGUCCUAAAGCUUUCCUGAGUGCCAGUGAUCUGCGCAAACAUGAACGCACCCACCCUGUGCCCAUCAGGACCCCCAUACCCCUGGAACCCCUUGUGGCUCUGCUAGGAAUGCCAGAAGAAGGGUCAGCCUGAAGUUUAUAGAUCUCCACUACACUCCCAGAAGGCCAUCCCUAGUCUCCAAACCCCUGCCUCUGGGCAGCUAGCUCAGUUCUCGUCCACUAAGAGCUGUGGACAGUGGAAGCGGGGUAGCAUUUGUGAGAGGUACUCAUUAAAGCAUUGGCUUUGAUACCAA